AUGUUACAACCAGGACAGUCACUCAGUCACACUCCACCUAGUCCAGGACAGUCGGCCAGUCACACUCCACCCAGUCCAGGACAGUCACCCAGUCACACCACAAAAUUCUACACAGUCUUUAAAUUCCUCCCCACUAGUACUCAGGAUGACCAGGACUCACACACUAGUACUCAGGGUAACCAGGACUCACACACUAGUACUCAGGGUGACCAGGACUCUUACACUAGUACUCAGGAUGACCAGGACUCUCACACUAGUACUCAGGAUGGCCAGGACUCUCACACUAGUACUCAGGGUAACCAGGACUCUUACACUAGUACUCAGGGCAACCAGGACUCUUACACUAGUACUCAGGAUGACCAGGACUCUCACACUAGUACUCAAGGUAACCAGGACUCUUGCACUAGUACUCAGGUUAACCAGGACUCUCACACUAGUACUCAGGGUAACCAGGACUCUUACACUAGUACUCAGGGUAACCAGGACUCUCACACUAGUACUCAGGAUGGCCAGGACUCUCACACUAGUACUCAGGGUAACCAGGACUCUUACACUAAUACUCAGGAUGACCAGGACUCUCACACUAGUACUCAGGAUGACCAGGACUCUCACACUAGUACUCAGGAUGACCAGGACUCUUAA